AUGGCUUCUUACGACUCCAUCAACAACAACAACCAGGCUCGGUCGCCAUACGGUUCUGGCGAUCCCUACUAUAACGAAUCUACCGGUUUUAUAUCCCCUCCCAAAGCUGCAAAGCGUGGCCUCAGCCCAUGGAUCAAGUUCGGUGUCCCCGUGCUUGUGCUAGUCAUUAUCGGCGCCGUCGUCGGUGGUGUGUUGGGAAGCAGGAGCUCGAACAAGAGCGAUAGCUCAAGCAGCGGGAGCAGCAGUCCCGCCACCAAGACGGGCGAGGCAGCUGCCAGCGCUGCGGCGAGCGCAAAAGCCCAGAUUGGGUUAUUCCCCACCGCGACAGACAGCCAGUACAUGCGACCAAUCUACCCUUCUACGACCAACACUGCCGCCUUUACCGAACCCACGAUUACGCCCUCCAACAACGCCGCCCUCGCAUGGCCCGAGGAUCCCUUCAAACCUUCGAACCCUUCGGUCACAAACGUUCGCGAGGAUCGACCCCGUCUCCUUGCACCCGCCUACAAAUGGGAAGCACUACCUAACCUUAUUCGCAACGAUCCCUACCUCAGCAGCUGGAACGACACCAUCUUUGGCAACGCUACAACCUACUUCAAUGCCCCGCCUGUUCGUUACUUCAUGGAUGGGGACAGUGGCAUUCUCGAUAACGCCCGCGAAAUCAAAAUGAGGAUCAAGGCCUUCGCCUACGCCCACCGCAUGACUAAGGAUACCCGCUGGGUCGAUAGGACAUGGGCUGAGCUUCAGAACGCUGUAUCUUCCGACUUCGGCCCCAACAACAGCACGAAAUGGAACCCCUCCCAUUUCCUCGAUGCCGCUGAACUUUCAGCCGCAUUCGGCAUAGCAUACGAUUGGUUGCAUGACAUGUGGACCGACGACCAACGCAGCCAAAUCCGCGACAACUUGAUCACAUACGGUCUCAGCCAAGGAGCUGCCGCAUACGACGGCGCAGACUUUGGUUGGUGGAGGACCAAUAUCCAGGGUAACUGGAAUUGCGUCUGCAACGGUGGCUUGACAUUGGCUUCGCUCGCAAUUCUUGGCGAUGAUACUACGGGAACUGCCACUAAGCUCCUCGGUCAAACUGUCAACAAUGCGAAGCAGAACUGCGCCUUUGGACCUUCGGAAGAUGGUUCAUGGUCGGAAGGUGCUAACUACUGGUACUUUGGUACUACCGGGCACGCCGAAAUGGCGUCGGCUCUCAUUACCGCCACUGGCUCACAUUACGGUCUCCUCGAUACAAACCCCAACUUCCAUCUCACUGGCCUUUACCACAUGUAUGUGACCGGCAACACCCUCUUCGAUUACGGAGACCACGGUCCAAACAAAUUCUCCACCACCGCCAACUCCAUGUUCCUCUAUGCCGAUCAAUACAAGCAGCCGGAGUACGCCCUCUUCCAACGUGAUCAGCACGAUGCCCCAGAGCCAUGGAGCAUGUUCUGGUACGAUCCCAGCAUCUCCGGCGCAUUCUGGAACGGUCUGGCGCUCGACCACUCCUUCGACAGCGCUUCUGAUCAAUGGGUUUCGAUGCGGAGCAGCUGGACUGACCAGAACCUCCUGUUCGUGGGUAUGAAAGCAGGUACCAACCAAGGUCAUCAGACGCACAAUGAUCUCGAUGUUGGUGACUUCGUUUUGGACGCUAUGGGCACUCGCUGGGCGGGAGAUCUCGGUUCGGCCGACUAUAACUCGCCUCAGUACUUCAACAGCGAUGCUCAGGAUGCCACUCGCUGGAGGUACUACCGCAAGGCGACUGAGGGCCAGAACACUCUCCUCAUUGGCGGCGUUAAUCAGCUAGUUACCGCCCGCCCGACAGUCAAAUAUCAGUCUUCAGGCACAGAGCAAGGUUCCAGCACUGUUUUCGAUGUGCCUAGUGAUUCCACCGCAUUCUGGGUGACUGAUAUGUCAAGUGCUUAUGAUCAAGCAACUUCCGUCAAGCGUGGUGUUAGGCUCUUAAACGCACGCAAGCAAGUCCUUAUCCAAGACGAAGUCAAUGCAUCGGCUGGUAUCCAAUGGCGGAUGCAUACCAAUGCGACUGUUGCAACCGAGGGUAGCACGGCUACGUUGACAAUCGACGGCAAGACCACAAAGAUCACUAUCCUAAGCCCGUCUUCUGGCUUUACUCUUGGUACGGCACCGGCUGCCCGCUCGUCCAACGACGCAAACGCAUCGCCACCUGUCAGCGACCAACCAAAUCCUACCGUUACCGUCUUAACCAUCGACUUGCCUGCUGGAAACCAUAAUCUCCAGGUGCUGUUCAACCCACAGUGGCCGGGCAUGUCAGAUGGAGAUUUCAAGACACCACCUUCCGUUCCUCUAGACAGUUGGUCUCUUUCUAGUCACAAUUAA